AUGCCCGGCUCAAAGUUGGUGGCUGCCGUCACCGACAAUAAGGGCUUCUACAACAUUGCCCUCCUGCCAUACUGGCCGAGUAAGACUGACUACGACAAGUGGGCGGCUGAGACCGGCUUCACGGAUUGGUGGGCCGCCAUAGACCCCCGGGAGUUCGGUCACGGCUGGUUUCUCGAGGUCUUCUUUCCCCCAGUUGAUCGUUUCGAGACCGUCUUUUCCAACUGCCAGAUACCCGAAGGCGCCGCGCAUAUGGAGGAGUCCUUCAGCGGGCAGAUCCGGGAGCACGUCUACUGGGGAAGCAUGCGCGAUCGCCUUGCAGCAGCCCAGACAGGUGAACUUGAGGGUGAAAAGGCAGCCAAGCGCGAAGCAGACCCGGCCGGCCGGGUCCACGUCUGCGGUAAGAAAAAUCUCGCCGUCAUCCGCUCCGGCCAGGACUGGUUCGAUACCCUGCCGGAUGAGCGCAAGUUGUAUGUUGAGACAAUGCGUCCCGUCCUGACGGCUGGCAUGGACUUUCUCCGUGAUAGGGGCAACGAGGUUGGUUGCCAUAGCUGCCGAUUCAUGCAUGUCGUGGAUUCAACGACGCGAAAGGUUAGAACAUAG